AUGCAGCGGGAAUUUAGACGUCUUCUUGUGCUCCUCGUGCUGAGUGUGGUGCUGGUGCAAACCACCAGUAUGAACGGCACAGGUAUAGAGCUGUUUGAGAGCGAAGACCCGGGCUACAAAGACGGCCUGACCAACCUCUACAUCGGAAGUACCAUGUCCAUAACCGGAGGCACGUGGGACGGCGGGGAGGCUGGCUUGCCUGCCGCCCUUAUGGCAUUGGCGGAUGUUAACAACAGGUCGGACAUUUUACCUGAAUAUCGGCUGAAACUCAUUUGGAGCGAUAGCAAGUGUAACCCUGGACUGGGAACGAACAUUUUCUACAAUCUGCUGUACCACGAGCCCAUCAAGGUGAUCAUGUUAACUGCUUGUAGUAUCGUGUCUUCAGCUGUUGCAGAGGCUGCUAGGAUGUGGAACCUCAUGGUGAUUGCUUUUGGUUCCAGCUCGCCGGCCCUCUCCAAUCGUGUACGAUUUCCCACCUUUUUCCGAACCCACCCUUCAGCCACGGUGCACAACCCAACGAGGGUCAAACUCUGCCAGAAAUGGAACUGGAAGAGAAUAUCCUUCCUUCAAGAAACUCAAGAAGUCUUCACCUCGACCAUCGAGGACCUAGAGAAGAGAGCCAAGGACGCAGGGAUAGAGAUUUUCAGUAGACGGAGCUUCCUGUCCGAGCCGGACAACGCCGUGCAAAACCUGAAGCGUGAGGACGCUCGCAUCAUCAUCGGUGUGUUCUACGAGGACAUGGCCCGUAGAGUCUUCUGUGAGGUAUACAAACAAAAGCUGUACGGCCCCAAGAAUGUUUGGAUGAUAAUGGGCUGGUACCCUGACGGCUGGUACAAGGUUGGCGACCCAAAGGGGAAUUGUACGGGAGAGCAGUUGAUGGAAGCGUUGCAGUAUCACUUCACGACGGAGGCUCUUAUUCUGAAACCUGAUGAUUCACCCUCUAUCUCUGGAAUGACGUCGGACGAGUAUGAAUCUCGCAUCAGUGCGGCACUCAAGAAGUUUUACAAGAAUGACGACCUCAAUCCUACUGAUAUGUCGGGCUACCCAGAGGCUCCCUUGGCGUAUGACGCUAUAUGGUCCAUAGCACUGGCUCUCAACAAUACUGCUAACAGACUGGCACAGAAAAAUCUUAAGCUAGAGAAUUACACCUACGGCAAUUUGGAAAUAGCCGAGGAGGUCUUCAAUUCACUGAACACCACAAACUUCCCUGGGCUAUCGGGUCAGGUGGCGUUUACUGCAACCGGCGACCGUGUUACGAGGACUCAGAUCGAGCAGAUGAUUGAUGGGAAAUACCGCAAAAUUGCUUACUACGAUUCCCUGCAGGACAACCUGACGUGA